UAUUCGAAGUAAUUGUAUAUAAUGUCUGAAUAAAUUUCACCUUGUAAGAAACGAAAAUGUAAACAAACAUGGCGCGUUUCCUUGAAAAGGAUAUUGUCAAAGAUGUUCGUCGUUUGAUAGAGUGUGUCACAGGAUUUCAAGAAUAUGAAGACAACUUCAGCAUAUGCCAGCAGUUUGUUCUGUCCAAUUUCAAAUUCCAUCGCUUCCUGGAUGUGGACAGUCACAAGGUGACCCGCCAAUUAGUAGGACUGUGUGAGAAGCUCAAAAUACAUUCUGAAGGUGUCAAAGCGGAGAAGUUGCAGGAGUUGGCAAAAUCUUUCCUGGACAUUACCGGCUUUGAAGGCAGAGAUGAAGGAAAGACCGACACCCAGUACUCCAUCCUACUGGUGUUACUGUUGAUAUCAGAGAGCCCAGAGUAUGGCCAGUAUGUCCCCACACCGAGGCAGCUGAAAACAGAGGAGAAGGAUGACUUUGACUGGGGUGCGUACCUGAAGGAAGGCAUUGAGCUCUACCAGCCUAGCGAUGGGGAACUCUCUGACUGGUCAGACAGUGAGGAGGACAGUGAUGUUCCUGUUGCCCCGGUAACACAGGGUCAAGGUGACCUCUCUCAGCAAACCCAUUCGUAUUCACAGGGCGAUCUGGUACCGUGCAAUAUACCAACAGUUCAUGUAGGUGGAAUGCCAGAGUGGGAGGAGUCAGAGGGCAUGAGUGAUUCUGAUUGGCUGAGCAGGAACCUGGUGGCCCAAUACUGGAAGGGGGAGGAACUUGAAGUGCAGAUGGGCAGAUAUAAAGCCUGUCAGCUCAAUAAUGACUGGGAGGAAUAUAAAGCACGCGUUGACCCGCUGCACUGCAGACAGAACCACCGCAUGGUCACAGAGAAUAUCCUGCUGCGAGAAGUUGUCUGGAUGUUGCAGGGCAUAUGUAAUCUGCAUCUGCUAGAUUUCAAUGGCCACUUCUUCUCUCCUAACCCAGAGAUUGUUGUCCCUACCCUGUCAGCUGAAGUGUUACAGGAACAUCUCUCACAGUUUACUAAAUAUGGAUCGUACAUUCAGAUAUUGCAGAACUUUGUUGAGGAGAGUUUCCAUGGCAAGCAGGGUGAGACAUGUCAGACCUACCAGUCCUUUACAACGUCUGUAGCAGCGUUCCUACAGCAGAUGAAGUCACAGAUGGUAGCGAUAGAACAUCGCCUCAUCAAGCAAGAAGAGAUAAUGACCCUGACCUCUGUUUGGCUGGAGGUUGAGCCACUCAUGCAGAAGGUCGCAGUGCUGUGCAUGGUGUACAUGCGUGGCGUCCACCAGGGGAGGGCACUGCGACUGACCAGCCAGCGCGCCACUCUCCUGCUGACCACUCUGUACGACACCCUGCUUGGAGUGGACACUCUGUUUGAUAUGACAGUUGUGGAGGGGGACACUGGAACCGCCAUUGGUCACAGCUACGAUUCCCUUGAGAUGGUGAAGCUGCUGUUGCCAAUCUGGGUUCAGACGUGCCACCCCUACAUCAACAUCAUUGACACCUGGAUCUCCCAUGGCAACCUGUCUGACCCCUGUGCUGAGUUCAUCAUACAACGAAACAACGAGAUUCGUUCUCUAGACGAGACAUACUGGGAGAAGUCGUUCAUGUUCCACACAAUGAUGGCUGACCCUGACAAUGCAGAGGAUCGUUUGGUCACGGACUACAAGACCGCGGACUGGGCCCCCAAAUUCCUCCAACCUGUGUUGGAGAAAAUAGUCCUCACUGGCAAGUCCAUGGAGAUGUUAGAAGGCCUGGGGAAGUUGGCCGAAGAAAAUCUUGGCUCAAGUAGUUCAGAUGACUUGCAAGAAUUCAAGGAAACACACCUGUUUGUGAAAUUCCUCUCAUCCUUGCAAAGAAAUCUUGGUAUGAAAUCAUCCCCAACUUCUGAAGAACAAACAAGGGAGACAACUCAUGAUGAGUACAGAGUCUUCUCCCCUGAAAUUGAAAGACAGAUGGAGGAGAAAGGAAUAAAGGAUGAUUUCUUGAAGAUGCAUUUUAAGAAUCUAAUGAAUACUUCCAGUCAAUCUCACUCGAUACUUGAAGAAAGUUUUUUGCGGACGAUGCACAGUCUAGACAUGGACAGCCUGCGCCCAGUGGAGCUGAUCCUACAGGAGAGUCUGUACCCGCACAUUCACCGCCAGUACGAGCGCGUCUGCAGGAAACUGGUGGACACGAUGAAACAACAGUAUCAUCUCAUGGAGUAUCUGCAGUCUAUGAGGCGUUUCUUCCUGAUGGAGUCCGGGGCAUGUCUGUCAGUCUUCUACACAGAAAUAUUUGAAAAGAUACGUCGUCAUGAGCAUUGGAAGGACUCCACCACAGUGACCUGGGCCCUUCACGAGGCCAUCGACCCCUACUUCCCCGUGGAGGUGCCCCGUCUGUCAGUCGCCUUGGAAACCAGUGAUGACCCUAAUGACCUCCAGCCCAUCAACAUUACCAACUGCCUCUGUCUGCAAUAUGAGAUCCCCAGUCCUGUAGAUGUAGUGAUCAAUGAAAGAUGUCAAGAGAUCUACAACCAGAUCUUCUCAUUCCUGCUGCAGAUCAAACGGGCAAAAUACUGCCUCGAUGAACUUAGAUUCUAUGACGUUGCAAAGGCCAGUCCAGUGAUCUCGAGCACGGAUCAGAUCCUCAAGUCUCUGAACCUGGACACGACCCCUCGCGCGUCCAAGAUCCACCGCAUGCACCUGCUACGUAUGAGGCUCAUCAACUUUGUCAACAACCUACACAACUACAUCAUGACCCGGAUUCUACACAGUAUUGGCCUGGACUUCACACGGGACCUUGCCAAGGCGUGUGACCUUGACCAGAUUAUCGAGGUGCACGCUGCGUACAUCCGCAAGAUCCACCAGCGCUGUCUGCUGCACAAGAAGAAUGCAUUCUUGAAGGAGGCUGUGCUGAAAGUGCUGAACCUGGCGCUGAGAUUCCAGCGUGAGUGGGAUGGAGGCAUUGAUAAUAUCAGUAUGAAGCAGAUAGAGGGGACAGAAACAGAGUUCUACCGCUGCAUCCAUUUCCUGCGCUCUUUCCUCAACUCUGUCAUCCAGAGAGGGUCCUUCCCACACUUGGAGUCCCUUGCCUUUGGGCUGGAGAAUUUAAUUCCAAGAUAGAAGUGAACAUUAAUUCUGUUUGAAUGUUAAAGUUGUGAGCCACGUCUACAGAUCUGAUAUUUUUUAUAUAAUGCAUUUCGAAUGGAUUCAUAUUUAUUGAUGAUUACAAUUUAAAAAAUC